AUGUCGUGGAGAAAUCAAGGAAUCACCGGUUCCAACAAUAUUCCCUUGGGGAAAGCCCGUCGCUUGCACGGCGAUGGCGAUGGCAACGACAGCAGCACUUUCAGUCCUCCCCCGGCCUCGAACAACGGAUCUGUUACGAAUGGAGAUCGCGACGUGAAGCGUGGCCGAAGCCCUGAGCGUGGUAACAAUGAUGAUGGUCCGAGACGUCGCAAGAAGAGAAACCGCUGGGGCGAGGCGACCGAGAACAAGGCCGCUGGCUUGAUGGGUCUUCCCACUGCCAUCGUCGCCAACAUGACCAGCGAGCAGCUCGAGGCAUACACUCUCCACCUCCGUAUCGAGGAGAUCACACAGAAACUCAAGAUCGACGACGUUGUUCCUGCUGAUGGAGACAGAUCGCCCCUCCCUGCGCCCCAAUACGACAACCAUGGUCGCCGUGUCAAUACCCGCGAAUACCGCUACCGCAAGAAGCUCGAAGACGAACGCCACAAGCUGAUUGAGAAGGCGAUGAAGACGAUCCCCAACUACCAUCCUCCCUCGGACUACCGUCGCCCAACCAAGACCCAGGAGAAGGUCUACGUGCCUGUGAACGACUAUCCAGAGAUUAACUUCAUCGGUUUACUCAUAGGCCCUCGCGGCAAUACCCUCAAGAAGAUGGAGACAGAAUCCGGCGCCAAGAUUGCAAUUCGCGGCAAGGGCUCCGUGAAGGAGGGCAAAGGUCGUUCUGACGCCGCUCACUCCAGUAACCAGGAAGAAGAUCUCCACUGUCUCAUCAUGGCCGAUACCGAGGAGAAGGUGAAUAAGGCGAAGAAGCUGAUUCACAAUAUUAUUGAGACUGCUGCGUCUAUUCCCGAGGGUCAAAAUGAACUGAAGCGCAAUCAACUUCGUGAGCUUGCCGCCUUGAACGGUACUCUGCGUGACGACGAGAACCAGGCAUGCCAGAACUGCGGCCAGAUCGGUCAUCGCAAAUAUGACUGUCCUGAGAAGCAAAACUUCACGGCCAGCAUCAUCUGUCGUGUUUGCGGCAAUGCUGGGCAUAUGGCUCGUGAUUGUCCUGAUAGACAGCGCGGUGCCAGCUGGCGCAAUGAUGGUCCCAUGGCUAACCGCACUGCCGGCCGUAUCGGCGGCGGCGGCGGCGGCGAUGCUGUGGAUCGCGAGUAUGAGCAACUCAUGCAAGAACUCGGCGGCACUGGUGCUGCUCCUGCCAUGAUCGAAGCCGGGCCUGGAUCCAACGGUCCUACUGGUCCUGCUGGUGGUGAUUCGCGGCCUUGGGCCCGCGGUCCUAGCGCCCCAACCGGCGGUCCUGCUCCCUGGCGUACUCGCAACAACGAUCGUGAUGACCACCAUGGUGGCGGUGGUGGUUAUGGUGGUCCUCCCAGCGGUCCUUCAGGUGGCCCUGCACCGUGGGCCCGUGAUCGUGGUGACCGUGAUCGCGGAGACCGUGGUCGGGACUAUCGUGAUGACCGUGGCGACCGUGGAGAUCGUGAUGACCGGGGGUAUCGUGGUGGACGUGAUGGUCGCGAUGGCGGUGACAGCUAUUAUGGCAGUGGUGGUGGUGGUCACAACUCAUACGGUGCUCCCCCUCCGCCACCUUCGGCUCCUGGGAUGGCCCCAUGGCAACAGCCUGCUGGUGGAAAUGCGGCCUACGGUGGAUAUCCUGGCUACGGCGGCUAUGGUGCUCCUCCCGGAAUGCCCGGUGCGCCUCCCAGCUUGCCUCCCCCUCCUCCGGGCGGUGCUCCUCCCGGCCUCCCUGGCGGCUUGAACGCGCUCAUCCAGCAAUACGCCAACGCAGCUCCCCCACCACCCCCUCCGCCUGCGGGUGAAGCACCUCCUCCUCCGCCCAUGGACUUGCCGCCUCCUCCUCCUCCCCCGGGGGCUUAG